UUCCUCCAACACCCGCGACAAGUGACACCCCGCCAAAAACACAUGAUAGUAAAGAUCUAAUGAUGGUGUCCGAGGAGAAAACAAGAAUCCGAAGGUUCGUGUGUGACCAGCUCCGUGCUGAGCCUGACUUAAGCACCCUGACCCUGGGGAUUCUGAAGAAGCGAUAUCUGGCACACAUGAAAUGUGACUCAUUGACUUCAGAGUCCAAAGGCUUCAUGAAAGAAGUGGUUUCAGAGGAGUUGAUGAAAAUGCAGGAUGAUGGUGAUGGCGGAAAAGAGGUGGAGACCAAGCAGCCUCAAAACAAGAGGAAAAGAGAAAAGGAAAAUGUCAAUGAAGGGAUGAUUAAUGGGACCAAAGAUGAAUCUGAAUCCAGGGCGAAGAAAUCCCGUCGUCAGCCAAGCUCAACAACCCGUCAGCCGUCUGUUAAGAAAUCAGAAAAAUCUCGAACAAAGAGAGAGCAAGCUGAAGAACUGGAAGAGCUCGAUACCAGCAACAUCACCACAAAUGAAUCAGAUGAUAAAGAGGACGGCAAGACUGAAAGAAUGGAGAGUGAAGAGGAAGAAGAUGUUGCAUCCGGUUCUGAGCAUGAGGAGCAAGAGGUGAAAAAAUCACAAGAGGAGAUCAAAGAGAAAAGUAAACCGCAAACAGACAGUGAAGACUCUUCGAAAGAGGAAGAUGGUGUGCCAGAAAGAAGAGCGAAUGAGAGUGAAGACAGUGACAGCCCAAAGGAGGUGGAUGAAAAGAAAGAAAACACAACAGAGAAUGGCAAAACUGGAAGCAGCGAUGAAAGUCAAGGAGAUAAAACGCCACAGAGUGAAGAAGAAAAUGAAUCUGACUCGGACAGUAAGUCAUAAAAGAGCGUCAAGGGGAAUGACUCAUCUGACGACAGCGAGAAAGAAGAUGAAGCUCCAGUGGAAAAGAAAAAAGAUGAUUCCGACUCCGACUCCUCAUCGCUCCCCUCUUUGGAGGAUGAACCGGAUGUUAAAAGAGAAAAGAAGAAAGAUGAUAAAAAGAAGAAAAAGGUUAAAAAAGAGGAGAGCACCGGAAGUAAGAAGGAUGAAGUUAAAGCGGUCUCAAGGCUCAGACGCUACAUUACUCUGUGUGGCGUUCGGCUGCAAUACAAGAAGCUCCUCAAGGGCUGCAACUCUGUUCGCUCGCAGGUGGCUGUUCUAAAGAAGGAGCUUGAAGAACUUGGUGUUCAUGGUCAGCCAUCUAUUAAGAAAUGCAAAAAAGUUCGAAUGGAGAGAGAGCAAGCUCAGGAAGUGGCUGAGCUGGAUACUAACAACAUCAUCACCACUAAUGGUCGACCCAAACGCAGAGGAGCAUGGCGGGAACCAAAAAGCCCUGUCGCCGCUCCACAUGUGCGCACUCUCAACUCCAGCUCUGAUAGUGAUGAGGAGAACAGUAAACAAAGAGGGGGCAGGCGAGCAACAGACUGGACCAACCUGAAGGGGAUCAUCAGUGACGAUGCAGAUAGUGACUAACAUUGACAGUUACUCUUGUAGGUGUUGAGAGUUAAUUUAGAUUUGUACAUAACUUUGACCUUUCUGUUGAACAUGAUGGAUCUUUGUUUUUAAAGUUGUUUUGGUGCUUAAUUUAAUUUUCUCCCUUCUUCUGGACCUGUUGUUUUGUUUUGUUGUGUUUCCCUUUCUUUUGUUUUGUUCUG